UGUGUCUGUUGGAGAAGAAAAUGUCGUAUUUGGAAGUCCAGCGGAAAGACAUCGCCCCUCACACAGCAAGAAUUGCAGCGAGUGAAUAUAGUUAUUGUAGUCGGAAAAUAAUGCUGCACUAUCAAAGAUCAAUGUUGCUAAGGGGCGGUUUUGUUUGUGUGCUUCUGGUGCUUGGAGCGGUAGUAAACCCUGUAGCCGCCGAGAAGGAAGCUAGUGAGGGAUUUUUCGCCCAAUUGUGGGAUUCUAUCUUUGGAUCGAAGUCAGACGAAACUUCCAAGAAUGGCACAGUAUCUUACGUCCCUACUGAGAAGAAUGAAUCCAACGUUCCAGAACCAUUAAAUGGAGCAUCAGUUCGCCUAAACGAAUCGACUAGUACAGAAACGAUAACUACCGUGCUUACAAAGGAUUCAGUUGAACAUCCGAAGGUGACAUUACCACCAGAUGACAAAAUCGUCUCUACAGCUGCUGGCAACGAUAAAGAUGUAUCAAAUGCGACCAUCAAGGAAAGCAACAGCACGACUAUAGAUCCAAAACUAACCGAUUAUACGACAGAGAAAAGUGUCACCCCGAUUGUAGAAAUGGACUCCACUAAGUCUGCUACCCAGUCGGGAUCGACUACGACUCCAUCGGCCAAAUCGGGCAUAUGAGAUUUGCAAAAGAGUUGAUUUCUAUUGGACUUUUUGAUAAUCGCACAACGACAUUUUGUUCUGCACUAAAAAUAAAAAAUAGCCACCAACGAU